AUGGCGAAAUAUAUGAGUAACCACAGUAUGUCGAGCCGUCGACCUCCAAGGUCCACGGCUUCCACUACUGCACUACCCUGGGCGCCGGGGUACAGUGGUAUGCCUGAGGUCCCUUCGGGGACUAAAUCGUCUCGUUCAAGUCCUCCCCACGACAUCCUCGAUUCCCGCGCGGAACGAACCUGGCCUGGAAACAACUGGCCAGAGUACAAGAGGGAGGCGACGCAUAACAUCCCGGAAGAGUGUGAGAGACUCUUCUGUGACAAACUGUCCACGACAUUCCUGGGUGAGAGGAGUCUCGUGGGGCAGGAGUCACUGGGGAUGGAUGCGUUCCAAAAUAUCCAGUCAAACCAAAUCGAGCACCAGCAUGAUCGAAUCCAGAGAUGGAUAGAAGUGUGGGAUUACUCCAGCGAUGCGAUCUACCGCGGAUUUGUGACUGAACACAAUAAAGAGCGGACCUUGUUCGUCUUCUUCGAGGACCGUGCACUUGAACACGGCCUUAAGUCAGGCUUGAUCGCUCUGUUCGAACUUGCCGAUCUCGCCACCUUCGGGUGUUCACAAAUAGUCGCCUGUGUCAGUCGCUCCCAGCGCACGGAUGAAAUGGAGCUCGUGCGAAGUCUAGGAUGGUGUGGUUUCAACCUCACCACCUUGGCACCCUGGGUAUCAGACAGUGAACCAGGGCCUUGCCUUAGUAAUAAAUGGCUUUUCUUGGUUGCCGAAGUCUAG